ACCCCUCACACACCUCACUCCCUCACCCCUCACACACCUCACUCCCUCACCCCUCACCUCCCGAAUCUGGCUAGAAGCAGUGCCUCCCGCAGGACGCUGCGCAGUGCCUCCCGCAGGACGCUGCGCAGUGCCUCCCGCAGGACGCUGCACAGUGCCUCCCGCAGGACGCUGCGCAGUGCCUCCCGCAGGACGCUGCGCAGUGCCUCCCGCAGGACGCUGCACAGUGCCUCCCGCAGGACGCUGCACAGUGCCUCCCGCAGGACGCUGCACAGUGCCUCCCGCAGGACGCUGCGCAGUGCCUCCCGCAGGACGCUGCGCACUGCCUCCCGCAGGACGCUGCACAGUGCCUCCCGCAGGACGCUGCGCAGUGCCUCCCGCAGGACGCUGCGCAGUGCCUCCCGCAGGACGCUGCGCAGUGCCUCCCGCAGGACGCUGCGCAGUGCCUCCCGCAGGACGCUGCGCAGUGCCUCCCGCAGGACGCUGCGCAGUGCCUCCCGCAGGACGCUGCGCAGUGCCUCCCGCAGGACGCUGCACAGUGCCUCCCGCAGGACGCUGCACAGUGCCUCCCGCAGGACGCUGCGCAGUGCCUCCCGCAGGACGCUGCGCAGUGCCUCCCGCAGGACGCUGCGCAGUGCCUCCCGCAGGACGCUGCGCAGUGCCUCCCGCAGGACGCUGCGCAGUGCCUCCCGCAGGACGCUGCGCAGUGCCUCCCGCAGGACGCUGCGCAGUGCCUCCCGCAGGACGCUGCGCAGUGCCUCCCGCAGGACGCUGCACAGUGCCUCCCGCAGGACGCUGCACAGUGCCUCCCGCAGGACGCUGUGCAGUGCCUCCCGCAGGACGCUGCACAGUGCCUCCCGCAGGACGCUGCGCAGUGCCUCCCGCAGGACGCUGCACAGUGCCUCCCGCAGGACGCUGCGCAGUGCCUCCCGCAGGACGCUGCGCAGUGCCUCCCACAGGACGCUGCGCAGUGCCUCCCGCAGGACGCUGCGCAGUGCCUCCCGCAGGACGCUGCGCAGUGCCUCCCGCAGGACGCUGCGCAGUGCCUCCCGCAGGACGCUGCGCAGUGCCUCCCGCAGGACGCUGCGCAGUGCCUCCCGCAGGACGCUGCGCAGUGCCUCCCGCAGGACGCUGCGCAGUGCCUCCCGCAGGACGCUGCGCAGUGCCUCCCGCAGGACGCUGCGCAGUGCCUCCCGCAGGACGCUGCGCAGUGCCUCCCGCAGGACGCUGCGCAGUGCCUCCCGCAGGACGCUGCGCAGUGCCUCCCGCAGGACGCUGCGCAGUGCCUCCCGCAGGACGCUGCGCAGUGCCUCCCGCAGGACGCUGCGCAGUGCCUCCCGCUGGUCGCUGCACAGUGCCUCCCGCUCGACGCUGCGCAGUGCCUCCCGCAGGACGCUGCGCAGUGCCUCCCGCAGGACGCUGCACAGUGCCUCCCGCAGGACGCUGCGCAGUGCCUCCCGCAGGACGCUGCGCAGUGCUUCCCGCAGGACGCUGCGCACCAAACUGCCAGUCAACCAGUCAUUGAUCAGCCAAACUGUCGGUCAACCAGUCAUUGGUCAGCCAAGCUGUCGGUCAACCAGUCAUUGGUCAGCCAAGCUGUCGGUCAACCAGUCAUUGAUCAGCCAAGCUCGACAACACACACCCCCAACACACACCCCCAAACACCACACCCCACAACACACACCCCACAACACAAGUAUCCUGAGACUUACAGAGAAGCCGGCUAUGAAUUACACCAACUGA